AUGAACUCCCGUUUACGAGCCUUAGGUGGGAGGAUAAAUAACAUACGAGCAUCGGAGCUACCAAAAGAGAAAACCCGAUCAGAAAUAAUCUGUAACGUCCACUUUCUGGAUGGCUCAGUACAAAGCUUCAAAGUCAACAAACAAGACACUGGACAGAUUUUGUUGGAUAUGACCUAUAACCAGCUGGGUGUGACAGAGAAGGAAUAUUUUGGUUUACAGCAAAAUGAGACUUCAGUAGAUUCACCUCGAUGGCUUGAACCAAGCAAACCUAUUAGAAAACAGUUAAAAGGAGGUUUUCCCUGCACACUUCAUUUUCGUGUAAGGUUUUUUAUACCUGAUCCUAAUACACUUCAGCAAGAACAAACCAGGCAUUUAUUCUUUCUGCAGUUGAAGAUUGAUAUUGCAGAAGGAAGGUUGUCAUGCCCCAUUAAUUCUGCUGUUGUCCUGGCAUCAUAUGCAGUACAAUCACAACUUGGAGACUAUAAUGCUUCAGUGCAUUGUUCAGGAUAUCUUUCAAAUUACAACUUUAUACCGGAGCAGAACAAAGAUUUUCUUACCAAAGUAGAAACACUACAUGAGCAACACAGUGGCCUCAAGCAAUCUGAAGCAGAGUCCUGCUAUAUAAAUAUAGCAAGAACACUUGAAUUCUAUGGAGUGGAAUUGCACAGUGGUAGAGAUCUCCAUAAUCUAGAUCUUAUGAUUGGGAUUGCAUCCAGUGGGAUUGCUGUAUAUAGAAAACUCAUCUGUACAAGCUUCUAUCCCUGGGUGAACAUUUUAAAAAUUUCCUUUAAAAGGAAAAAGUUUUUUAUACAACAACGGCAAAAACAUAAUGAAUCCAGAGAGCAUAUUGUUGCCUUCAACAUGUUAAAUUACAGAGCAUGCAAAAAUCUUUGGAAAUCUUGUGUAGAGCAUCACACAUUUUUUCAGGCAAAGAAGUCACUACCUCAUGAAAAAAAGAUAUUAUCACAUUAUUGGACUCUGGGUUCUAGAAAUCCAGCAAAGUCCAUAAACAACCAGUACUGCAGAAAAGUGAUAGGUGGGAUGGUUUGGAACCCAUCUAUGAGACGAUCCUUAUCAGUUGAGCACCUAGAGACCAAAAGCCUUCCUUCUCGAUCACCUCCUGUUACCCCCAAUUGGCGGAGUCCUAGACUACGCCAUGAAAUCCGCAAACCACGACACUCAUCUGUAGAUAACCUUACGAAUGAGAUUAGUUAUAUUACUGAAACAGAGGAUGUUUUUUACACAUAUAAGGGCUCUCCAACGUCAAAGGACAGUGAUUCAGAGUUCUCUCAGAACCGUAGUCCACAGAGGAGGAACGUAUUGGGAAACAGUCCGACACGGAGCUCUCUGACCCAUCUCUCACCUAAAGCCUUGGCUCACUCUCCCAAUGGAGUUGGCAACAUUUCUGGCUCUUACCCACUGGAAGGGGUGGAUAAGCAGUUCCUAGAAACGUAUGACAACGUUACAAAAAGCAGCUCAACAGAAGACUCCAGUCAGUACUACUGUGAUAAGAAUGACCUAAUUGAGGGAGAUUUACUUUUGGUGCGUAUCAUACCAGAUGAAGAAGGGAAGUUUGGAUUUAAUCUAAAGGGUGGAGUAGAUCAGAAAAUGCCACUGCUGGUAUCAAGAAUAACUCCAGGAUCACCUGCUGAUAAAUGCAUUCCAAAGCUGAAUGAAGGUGAUCAGAUAGUAUUAAUUAAUGGCCGAGAUAUCUCAGAGCACACGCAUGACCAGGUGGUCAUGUUCAUAAAAGCCAGCAGAGAAUCCCACACAAGAGAGCUUGCACUUUUGGUCAGGAGGAAAGUAGUCAAACAGUUUGUGGAUCCCAUAUCAGAAGAUGAAGCUGAUUCUCACACUCUGCCAGAAUCUAUUCUUCCUGUCUGUUCUGAAUACGGUGGUGAUACACUGGAGGAGUCUAUGGAGCAGCUAAGAAGAGGGCUAGAAAGUGGGACUGUCCUUAUUCAGUUUGAGCAACUUUACAGAAAGAAACCAGGAUUGGCUGUUACAUGUGCAAAGGUACCUCAGAAUAUGGACAAGAAUAGAUACAAAGAUGUUCUACCUUAUGAUGCCACAAGGAUAAUAUUGCAAGGAGAUGAAGAUUACAUUAAUGCAAAUUAUGUGAAUAUGGAAAUUCCUUCUGCUGGCAUUGUGAACCGGUACAUUGCUACUCAGGGGCCUCUUCCACACACAUGUGCACAUUUCUGGCAAGUAGUCUGGGAUCACAAAUUAUCACUGAUCAUCAUGCUAACAACUCUCACUGAACGAGGACGGACCAAAUGUCAUCAGUAUUGGCCUGAUCCACCAGAUGUAAUGGAAUAUGGCUGCUUCCGUGUCAGGUGCCACUCUGAAGACUGCACAAUUGCUUAUGUUGUCAGAGAAAUGGUCAUUACAAACAUUGAGACAGAACAACAGCACACCGUCACCCAUCUCCAGUACGUAGCUUGGCCUGAUCAUGGCGUUCCUGAUGACUCCAUGGACUUCUUGGAGUUUGUGAACUGUAUGAGGCCAAAGAGAGUAAAGAAUGAGCCAGUUCUUGUUCACUGCAGUGCAGGAAUCGGUCGCACUGGUGUGUUGGUCACUAUGGAAACAGCCAUGUGCUUAAUUGAAAGGAACCAGCCUGUUUAUCCACUGGAUAUUGUACGGAAAAUGCGGGACCAGAGAGCUAUGAUGGUGCAAACAUCAAGUCAAUACAAAUUUGUUUGUGAAGCUAUUCUUCGUGUUUACAAAGAAGGAUUGGUUCGACCACUGGAUUCCAGUUAGCACAGCAGUGAAGGAUGAUUUUUUUGCCUAAAAUCCUACUCUUUAAGUAAAGCAAGGGCUUGUUUCUGAAAGCAACUAGAAUGGACUAGAAGCCCAUGAAAAGACAGAUGAGCACAUAUGAACUGUGGCACUUUAAAUUUCUCAAGAAGAUUGCUAAAUCAUGUACAGUAUAACAAAGUCACAUAGAUAAAUAUAUGACAGCAAUUGUGUGUAAUAUGCUUUAUUCACAUAGACAACCAUAAACAAUCAUGGAAACCUUAACAC